AUGAGUCUUGCAACUUUCUACUCAAAGAUCUUUGGUCUUGGUCUCUUCCUUGGUGGUUCUCUCGAAGUCGUGCUUGUCAAGAGCAACUACUAUCAAAUGCUCGCUGCUUCAGAGGCAAAGCAACGCGUCAAGGCCCUUGAACAAGAAAAGGAGGAUAUGGAACGAUUAAAACGUAUCUCACAACCAAAUCAACAAGUAGAAGAACAUACAAACAAGGAAUAA